CUUUUGGCAGGAAGAGAUGGUUCACCGAGGAACGGAGCAGCUUUCUGAGCAUCCCCCUCCCAUAUCAGGGCAAACUGGCAAUUUCUCCACCUUGCAAUGCUUCUGGCAGCUCUUUUUUGCAGCUUUCCUCCCCACCCUCCAGUCUUUGGCAGCCCUUAGCUGAUUUCCAAACCCUCCGUGGCUGCUGGGGGUUGGUGAAAAGGUUUAAUUAUUUGCUUUUCUUUGGGUGCAUAAGGCGGGGACAGGGAGAAGGUUGGGCCCCAUCGCCUGACGCUGCAGAUCAUUCCCACUUUUGUUGUAUAGUCCCUCUCCCACCCCCUCCUUCCUUCCCUGUCUCCUGCCCAGCUCUCAGAGCCCACCAUGAAUCUGAAAGCAGGUUUGGGAUGCAUUUGCCUGCUUUGUUUUAACUUCGUGAGCACAGCAAAAGGGGAUUUGCAGCUGCUUUCUUUCCAGCCCAAGACCCUGUAUCAGUACAACUAUACCGUGGAUGUCCGGCUGGACCACACAUCCACACCAUCCCUACGGGGAGCCUGGCUGCGGGCUGAGGCAUUGGUCCAGCUGCGCAGGCUCUGGAGGGACCAAGACAGGGAAGAGCUGCUCCAGGUGCAGGUCCGCGACCUGAAAGCCCAACAUGAGCCAGAAGAGGAGAGCCAGGAUGGCACUAGAGGUCCCCCUGCAGAGAUUGCACUGAGCCAGGAAUCACAGGCAGAGCUCCAGCAGCCAGUGUUCAUCUCCUGGAGCAGUGGGAAGGUCAAAGCUGCCUAUGGGAAUGAAGCAGAAAGCAUCCUGAUCUCCAACCUGAAGCGAGGUAUCAUCAGUCUGCUCCAGCUCCAGCCUCAUGCUGGCACUGCAGUGGAGGAGGAUGUCUCUGGGAGCUGCCGAGUCACAUACACUGUGUCCAACCAUUCCAUCACAAAGACAAAAGAUCUCCUCAGCUGUGUAAAGCCGAACUCUGGAUUCACCUCCAUGAACAAAGUUUUUGGAGUGAAGUGGCAGCCCACAAGCAGAAGCCAAUACAUGGUAAAAGACAGCCUCCUCCAGUCUGUGCUGGCAGAGGAAAGCCACACGAUGUCUCUAGCCCUGAAGUCCACCACUGGCAUCAAAAUCAGUUCAAGGCAGCAGCUCCAGCUAGCAUCUCCUCCAAUACCUGGCCCAGCAGAGGUGGCUGCGCGAAGCCUUAAGGAUGCGCUGGCUGGCAUGGAGGGACAGCACCAGCCCCUGAGCAUGGCCAGCCUGCCCUUCAGGAGAGUCUGCACCCACUGCCCAUCGCUGAGAGCCUACCUGAAAGCUUUUGACAGCCAGAGAGUCAAAAUGGACACCUCGAAGGCAGCGACAGCCUGGCAGUUCCAGAGGUUCAUCCAGAUGCUGCGCAGUGCCAAGAAGAGAGAUGUUCUGCAGCUGCUGAGGACAGCGCCCGAGGAGAUGCUCCCCUUCGCCGUGGAGGCAGCAGUAGCCGCACAAUCAGUGGCAUCCUUGGCAGCUCUCUCCGACUUCCUGGAUUUCAGCAAGAAUCCCAGUUCCCUGCUAGAAAAGUUUCUCUAUGCAGCAGCUUUCUCUCCCCGGCCUUCAGGACAGCUUCUCCGCCUGGUGUCAGACAAGCUGGAUGGGAAGCAGCUGGCCCCUGAGGUCCAGGAGACAGGGAUACUUGCCGUGGGCUCUCUGGUCGGCAAGCUGUGCCUCCAGAAACUGUGUGGGCUGCAGGAGGUGGAGAGUGGGGUGAAAACCAUCCUCAGGGGGCUAAGAGGUGCUGAGGAGGAGUCCAAGAUGGUCAUUUACCUGCUGGCCUUGGGGAAUGCAGCGCUCCCUGAAACUAUUCCUAUCCUCCUGGACCAUGCUGAGGAGGGUCCCACCAUGGUUGCCAUUGCAGCCAUCUCUGCCCUGCGGCGAUUCCCCGCUCAGCAUAUCUCCAGCAAGGUGAAACAAGCAAUGAGGAGGAUUUUCCACGAGAAGAGAAAGAGCUAUGAAAAAACAUGUCGCCUGGGUGCUGCAGAAAUCCUCCUGGAUAAGGAGCCCUUGCCCAUGGAUGUUAUCAACAUCCUGCUAGCCGCCAAUGAGAUGGAGACAGAGAUGGCAACAUUUCUGCUGCUGAAGGUCCAGAGCAGCCUCUAUGCUCACCACCACUACCCAGCAAGGAAGAUAAUGAAAGACAUCAUGGGAGACCCACGGAUAAAUAAUUACAACUUCUUCUCAAAAGCCGGCAUCUCCUCGUCUUUCUCAGGACCUCUGACAGUCACCCAGGACCUGCUUUCCACCUUUGGCCUGGACCUGCUGUUUUUGGAGGGUGGAUUCCUGAGGAAGAGUGUCUCUGACUUCUCACUGCUCAGCCAUGGACAACAGCUUCAUGCAGCUCAGGUCACUAUUGAAGCACAAGGGAUGGACUCAAUGCUGGGAGAAAACGUCUUGGAUGGGGAAGAGGAGCCAGAGCUCAUGGCCAGGAUGUCUGCCAUCUUUUUUGAUGUUCAGUUGCGUCCAAUCAUCUUCUUCCAGGGAUAUACAGACUUAAUGGCCAAGGUCCUGUUAAGCAGCGGAGAACCCACAAGCGUGGUCAAAGGGAACCUCCUGCUGAUGGACCAUCAUCAGGUCAUUCCUCUGCAGCCUGGCUUCCAAGUGGCCAUCAGACUCCAGGGCGGGCUGGGGCUUGACAUUUCAGCUGACAUGGAUGUGAGCAUUUGGGAGCAGGAACUGAAAACCAGCAUCAAUGCGAGGGGAAGCCUUGCCAUUGAUUUCCAGGCAGAACUAGAUACCCCUUUUCUCCAAGCUACCCUGAGAAGCCAGACAGAGGCAGAAACCUCAGUCCAGUUUGACACCAUGCUGAGGUUUUCCAGCAGCCCAGUGCUCAUGUGCCUGCAGCUGAAAGAGGAGCAAGUCCCAUACAGAGAAAUCUUCACAGCUUCCAAGUCUGCUGGGAACCAGAGCAGCACCACUCAAAAAGGCAGGCAGGGCACCAUGCCUGGGAAAGAGUUUGCCUUACACCGAGCCAACUCCAAGGUCUGCAACCUCCUGCUGGCAGCAGAAGAAUAGCAGGGUUGGACCAGUCUGGGACUGGAUAACUGGCCCCCUCCUGUCACACACCCUAGUUCUCUGUGAACCCAAGAAGAGCCAUUAAGGGUUCUGCCCAACUCCUCCACAAUGAUUUUUUUUAAUAAGAAAAAUGCUGCACUAAGGGCAUCAUAAGACACCACAAGAGGAACUGGAACUGCUCCAGGACAGCCAGAGGCAGUCCUUGCUUGGGGCAGGAGGAGCUAAACAUGCCUCCCCAUCCCAAAGGCUAAGAUUUCCCUUGCCUGAACUCUUCCUCUUGAUGGGGAAAGUCUUGCUUGAAGCGAGACUGGUCCCUGUGAUAAACAGCCUUCUUUUGC